UCUCUCGAUAGUUUAGCACACUGCUCACGUUUUACGAGCACUUCACGAAUAGCGUUCGUUAAGUGAGCACGCGGCUUAUUUCAUCGCCAAGUGGGAAAUUCUAUUUCUGCAAAAGAAGUUUUUAUUCUGUGACUUUUGUAAGAAGUUUAAUAACUGAAGCAAAAUGGGCAAGGAUUUCGAUGCUAUUGGCUUCGCCAAGGACUUCGCUGCCGGUGGCAUCUCCGCAGCUGUCUCAAAGACUGCCGUCGCACCCAUCGAGCGUGUGAAACUGCUGCUGCAGGUUCAGCACAUCUCGAAACAAAUCACCCCCGAUCAGCAAUACAAGGGUAUGGUUGAUUGCUUUAUCCGCAUUCCAAAGGAACAAGGUUUUGCUUCAUACUGGCGCGGUAACUUGGCCAACGUUAUUAGAUAUUUCCCAACUCAGGCUCUGAACUUUGCCUUCAAGGACAAGUACAAGCAGGUCUUCUUGGGUGGCGUUGACAAGAACACCCAGUUCUGGCGUUACUUCAUGGGCAACCUGGCCUCCGGUGGUGCCGCUGGUGCAACCUCUCUGUGCUUUGUCUACCCAUUGGAUUUCGCUCGUACUCGCUUGGCUGCUGAUACUGGCAAGGGUGGCGCUCGUGAAUUCACCGGCCUGGGCAACUGCUUGACCAAGAUCUUCAAGAGUGACGGUAUUGGUGGCUUGUACCGCGGCUUCGGCGUCUCUGUCCAGGGCAUCAUCAUCUAUCGUGCUGCAUACUUUGGCUUCUACGAUACUGCCCGCGGCAUGUUGCCCGAUCCCAAGAACACACCCAUUUACAUUAGCUGGGCCAUCGCUCAGGCUGUUACAACUGUUGCUGGUAUUGUGUCCUAUCCAUUCGAUACUGUCCGUCGUCGCAUGAUGAUGCAGUCUGGCCGCAAGUCCACCGAAAUCAUCUACAAGAACACAAUUCACUGCUGGGCCACCAUUGCCAAGCAGGAAGGCACCGGUGCCUUCUUCAAGGGCGCCUUCUCCAACGUUCUCAGAGGCACUGGCGGCGCUUUCGUGCUUGUGUUGUACGAUGAAAUCAAGAAGUACUUGUAAAUUAAAUUAUUAAAUUAUUCAAAACAACAAACAACAACAACAAACAACAACAACAACAACAAACCACUACCAGCUAAUUAUAUUAUAUAAAUUGUAACAACAACAAAGGAAACUAGCGAAAAAAAAAACAAAAACCACAAAGAACAGCGAGAAACAUCAACAAUAAUCCCCGAUAUAAUUAACAAAUUAUAUUAUAUAUAAUAACUGGAAUAUAAUUUAAUUGCACUUGCAUAAAUAGCAAAAAGAACACUUGAAGAACAUCAAGGAUGGCCAGAAAACAACAACAACAACAACAACAAGAAGAAGAUGAUGAUGAUGAGCAAAAGGAGCUGUAGCUGGAUAUUGGCGGAACACGGAGCGACGGCAACACAACCAAACUUGAACCCACAAACAAAACACACACACCCCACACACACACACACACACACACACACACAGCAGGAGCAGGAGCAGGAGAAACUAAAACAACAAAAUCAGACGAACAUUCUAGACAUAUAUAUUAUUUAUAAGCUAGUAUUCUUGUUAAGUUCGACAGGUGAUUGUGUGGCUGAGCGCGGCUGUUUGGCUCGGCUCUGUUUCGCCUAGCAACAACGCCCACCACGCCCCUUUUGCCAAUCGCGUGCAUGUUGUUAUUGAAACGGAAAAAGAGAGUGCCCCCAAUACAAAAGAAAUAUACGAACAACAAUUUCUUUAGCCUCUGCUGUAACAACAAACCAACAAAAAAUCAACCUGCGGUUGGUUAAAAAUAUAAAAAUUGAUAAAAAUAGUAGACAAA